CCUGCUCCCGAGCCUAAACACGACCCUGCACCGGCACCACCUCCGGCGCCGGCGCCCGAGCCUGCUCCUGAGCCCAAACAUGACCCUACUCCGGCGCCGGCGCCUGAGCCUGCUCCCGAACCCGCUCCCGAGCCUACUCCCGAGCCUAAACAUGAUCCUGCUCCGGCACCACCUCCGGCGCCUGCUCCCGAGCCUGCUCCUGAGCCGAAACAUGAUCCUGCUUCCGAACCUGCUCCCGAGCCUGCUCCCGAGCCUGCUCCUGAGCCUGCUCCUGAGCCUGCCCCCGAGCCUGCUCCCGAGCCUGCUCCUGAGCCUGCUCCCGAGCCUGCCCCCGAGCCUGCUCCCGAGCCUGCCCCCGAGCCUGCUCCUGAGCCUGCCCCCGAGCCUGCACCCCAGCCUGCUCCUGAGCCUAAACAUGAUCCUGCUCCGGCAUCACCUCCGGCGCCUGCUGCCGAGCCUGCUCCGGCACCGGCUCCUGAACCGGCACCAGAACCCAAGCACGAACCCGAACCUGCCCCCGAGCCGAAGCCUGAGGUCAUAUCGGAGGAACCCAAGCACGAAGACGAGCCUCCCAAGCAGCCGGAGCCGAAGACAUCUACGUCCUGCGUACCGACCGUGCAGGAGGUUGUCCGUACUCUCACACAGACGCUACCAACUGAGCCCACCGAGCCCGCUGUUGCACCCAAAGUCGACGCCGUGUCCACUCAGGAAGCUCCUGCAUCUAAACCCUCGACUGCCGCCCUGAGUGAGCCUACCAAGCCUGCUGCGCAGUCCAACCCUACUCAGGCGGCACCGGUGGCGACGAGUCCCUUCUCGCCGAAUCUAGAUGAAGCCCACCACGUCCCCACUUCUGCCUCAUGUACGACCGAUGUUGCUCAGAGCGCUAUGACCACAGCUGCGCCCGCCCCAACCGAGCCGGUAGUCAUGGACAAGAUUGCCUCUAGCAUCACGAUCAAACAGGACUCCACUUUCCACGUGAUUCCAGUGUACAUGCCCGUGUCAGCGGCUACCACGCCCUCGUCACUCGCAAUACCCACCGGCCUAACGAGCGCUCCCAGCCAACAUACCACCGGCAUCGACGCCUUCCAACCUACUCUCCGCUACAAUUUGCCACCAGCAGCGCCAUCCGCAUCGUCGACCGGUCUCUUGUUCACCGGUGCUGGCGCACCUCAGGCCGCACCACAUGCUGGCGUCUUUUCGGUCUUCUCUGGUCUUGUGGCUCUCCUAGCAUUGAUCUUGUAA